GCUGAUCGUUGCUGGAGCUGCAGGGCAAUGUGAUUACUUGGGCUCCAAUGUAUGCUGGGUUAGGCGGCGCCAGACACCAAGAGCCAUGACGUAAUCGACCAGCAAGGUACAGCCAUGCCUGCGAACCCGGACAAUGUAUAAAUUUGGAAGUGCUAAGGAGGGUAGCCUAAUCACGCACGGUUGUCAGCGAGAAACGGUACCAACAAAUGGAGACGCAUCAUCUUUCAUCUCUGCCUGUCAGACGAAAAUGUAUUCCUCAACCUUGAAAUCAGACGGUGAGUGUGGACGACUUUUCGAAGGAUGGACUUGGAUUUUAAUUCAAAGACCUUGAGAGGUAUUAUUAUAUAGCUGCACGAUAACACAUCUCGUUUUAUAGUAAAACGGCUAGAGGGCAAUCAUGCUCCUUCACCCAUCGCACAAUGCCCCUCCUCUUAGUUUUACAGGGUAACAAAGUCACCAUGACUGACGAUGCCCAGCAAUCUCGUUUCAAGCUAACGUCAACCGUGCCGAAAACUCGCUUAGGAUUGUCGCUUGCGGAAAGGAUUAAGGUAAUCGAAGCCAGACAAAUGGGGAAAUCAAUGCGGCAGUUGGCCACACAGUUUGGCUGUGGCAAAACGCAGAUUCUUAACACUUUGACGCAAAAGGAGCGAUACAUCCACGAAUGGGAGGUUAUGGGUCGCAAUAAUCCUUCGAUUGGCGCCCGCAAGCGUUUUCGACACUCACGUAACGAAAAGAUAAACCGGUCGGUUCAUGAUUGGUAUCAGCAACAGACAGCCAGUGGUAUCCGAGUUACAGGACCCAUGUUACAAAAUCAAGCAAGACAUUAUGCAACUCAGCUAGAAAUAUCAAAUUUCGGAGCCAGCAAUGGAUGGUUAGCAAACUUCAGAAGAUUCUACAACAUCGUCAGUAGCUAUACUCAUCUCAAGAAACAGAACCCCAAUAUCACAUUCCAUCAAUAUCACCCCACAGCUAAGAACAAAAAUGUUGCUGAUCACCAAUCAACUUCCUCGAAAUUUCAUGAGUCAUCAGAGUUUGUUCCAGUAAUUCCUGUGUGUGAUACAUAUGAUAGGCAAUCUUCUACAUUCGUCAGCUCUGCUGAGCAAGAUCCGUUGCCGGGAGAAAAUCAACAGCCCUUGGAAUUGACAGGCAAACAAGCAAAUCUUUCUUCGUCACAAAUUGAAAAUUGUGUUACAACUUAUCACACUACUAAACCACAUCUAUUCAAAUUGCCCGAAAAUUAUUCAACAGGAAAAAAAGGGAAAAGGAAUCGAAAUGAGAAAUUUAUCAGCUCAUCAUCAGUAACCAGCCACCGAAAGCGCCAACUUCUUCAAAUCCAGAAUGCAGAACAACCGUCUUCUUGCCAUGAUGUAAGAUUUGAAAAUGAAAACAUAGGAAACGUCUCAAAGGAGAGGAGAAUACCUAGGUUGGUGCCCAUAACACCAGUUUUAGAUUGCCUUUCGGAAUUCGCCAAUCUCGCCUGUGCCAAUGGUCUCCUCACCUUGACAAUGAAAGACGAUUGCGGACAUAGGUGGGUGGAGGUUCGACAAUCUGCCACCUCCUUUCGUGUACCGAAGCAUGGUUACCCUGCACAUUUAACGCGACUCGUUGUUGACUAUAGUCUGCAAUAUUUCGUUGAAGUGCUUGGCCAUUGUGUCCAACAUGGAUCACUUCAUUGUAACAGCAACAAUCGCAGCCUGAAUUAUCUAGAAGCUACAUCAGUUUUGAGUGCUGUGAACGGCAAAUACGUAGUCUGUGCCGGAGUGGAAGCUAUUCCGGAUAGAAUGGCUGAUGAAUUUCGUCCGAAAGCCGUCCAGGAAUUUCAAACGGCAAAAAAUAUGUGUCUUACCCUUCCGGACCACAGAUACAGAUCAAACCAAUGUGCCAAAUGGAUUGAUAAUCAGUUGGGACCCAAUUGCGGAGCAUGUAAAGAGGCUACUAUUGAGUUUUCUACAGCUCCAAUGGAUUUACGCUGCACACCUUCAAAUCACAAGUAAAAAGAAACCCAAUACAAUUUUCUGUUAUUUACAGCUGUUUUAGAGGCCUUCUGUCCUUUAACGUAUAAUACUGCACUUUGCUAUAAUCCAUUAUAAUUAGGGUCAUAUUAUGGCAGUUCCUACUAAAAAAUAAUAAUACAAGACCAAUGGCUGGUUUCCUAAAAUA